AUUUACUUAUCUUGCCACCUCAUUGCCACAAAGGCAAGUAAAAUGGAAGAGUUAAGUAUACAAACGAACGGAAAUGCCCAACCACCCAAUUUUAUUUCUUUUUUCCUCAUUUAUGACCAGGACGAGCCUAUCCCAUCCUGUGAGAGAGAGAUCAAUGGCACACUAUAUAUAGCUCUCAAGCAUUGCGAAGCCAUUGCUCUAUUGCAGCUCCUCUAUCACUGGCUCACGUGUGAACCAUGUCUUUAGAAGCGCACAGAGGCCGUCAAGAAUAAGGAUUGAGGACACUGAGGAUAGAAUUAUGGAGAAAAGAACCAUAGAAGACAUUGAGGGGGGUGAUCAUGAGAGGCAAGGAACCUUAUGGUCUGCAACAGCACAUAUUGUUACUGCGGUCAUCGGCUCUGGGGUGCUAGCUCUGGCAUGGAGUGUUGCGCAAUUAGGCUGGAUCGCAGGGCCGCUCGCUCUCAUCGGCUUCUCCUUCGUAACCUAUUAUACUUCCACCCUCUUGGCUAAUUCUUAUCGGUCACCUGAUCCGAUCACCGGCACAAGAAAUCGAACAUAUAUGGAGGCAGUCAGAUCAUACUUAGGCCCUAAGGAAGUAUUCAUGUGUGGAGUUGCUCAGUAUGUAAACUUAUGGGGGGUUAUGGUGGGCUACACUGUAACAGCUACAACUAGCAUGAUUGCGAUAAGGCGAUUCAACUGCUUUCAUCGAAACGGGCAUGGCGCAAGGUGUGAGGCCUCUGGGACUAUGCUCAUGGUAGUGUUUGGGGUAAUUCAAGUUGUGUUCUCUCAAUUUCCAAGCUUGGAGAACAUAACAUGGCUGUCAGUGGUGGCAGCUGUGAUGUCAUUUGCUUACUCCUUCAUAGGGCUUGGUCUAUGCAUAUCACAAUGGGCUUCUAAUGGUGAUAUCAGAGGAGGACUAGCGGGUUCUGUUGCCGUGACAUCGAGCAAGAGAGCAUGGAAUUCACUCCUAGCAUUGGGGAACAUAGCUUUUGCUUAUACUUUUGCUGAGGUCCUGAUAGAAAUCCAGGAUACAUUGAGGUCACCUCCACCAGAAAACAAAACAAUGAAGAAGGCAGCAAUGUAUGGAAUAGGGAUCACCACAAUCUUCUACCUUUCUCUUGGCUGCAUCGGAUACGCAGCUUUCGGUAAUGAAGCUCCUGGAAACAUUCUCACAGGUUUCGGAAUCUAUGAGCCUUUUUGGCUCAUUGACAUUGGCAAUAUAUGCCUCAUCAUUCACCUAGUGGGAGCAUACCAGGUCUUUGCUCAACCAAUCUUUGCCACUAUUGAGAGACGAAUCGCCUCGCAGUGGCCGGAAGCCAAGUUCAUCCACAGGAUCUACACUGUGAGAGUAGGCAGCCCCUUAAGCUUCACGCUUUCGAAGCUUGUUCUCCGAUCGGUCUUCGUUCUCUUCACAACAUUGGUGGCCAUGUUGGUGCCAUUCUUCAAUGCUGUCUUGGGCCUUCUUGGUGCCUUGAGCUUUUGGCCGCUGACCGUCUACUUUCCGGUGAGCAUGAACAUAGCUCAGAGGGGGAUCAGCAGGGGAGCUCCCAAGUGGGUGUUGCUGCAGAGCUUGAGCAUGAUCUGUCUUCUGAUUUCAAUUGCAGCUAGCAUUGGUUCUGUUGCUGAUAUUGUGGAUAGCUUGAAGCUCUCAACCCCUUUCAAGAUUAUGAGCUAAAGGUGGUGUUCAUAUAGCUCUGGACUGAUGAAGCUGGUUCACAACUAAAUCAAAUUAAGGAAUCUAAUACUGAAAUAAUGGACACUGUGAUGCAGGGAGAAACCAAGAUGAGAAAUUUAUCUGCAGACAGUCCAAAAUGAGAAGAUGUUGACCCUCUCUUUUGUUAAUUUUGGACUCUGUCAUGGCAUAUGGAAAUACAAAGACUUGUCAUGGUCUCACAUAUCUAAA